AUGAAAGAGUCAAAGUAUGUAAGUAGAGCGGUUGCUUUACCGUUGAUAAUCUUGUUGAUAACGAGUAUUUUGGUAGCACGACUCAAUGUGAUUGAACUUUUUCAAAGCUAUUCAGUCAACAUUUAUCAACCUUCUGAAAAUAGUAAUGAUAACAGACUCUUUACAGACUUUGUUUUCGAUCCAGCAGAGCGAUUUAACAUUCAUGAAAAUAUCAAGUACGGAUGGAUCGUUGUCGUAAUCGGCAUAAUACUGUUGGCAGUGCUUUUGAAUUAA